CCGCCGCCGCACGUGCAGCCGCUUCGGGCCGUGGUGGCCUGUAUUCGCCUGAACCUGCUGCUGGGCGCCGGCAAUGGCGGCAGCGGCGGCGGGGACGCGCGUGUUCCUGGAGGUGCGGAGACGGUUGCAGAGCGCGCUGCUGAUCCUGGGGGAGCCUAAAGAAGGAGGUAUGCCCAUGGAUAUUUCUCUAGCGCCCUGCUCACUCCGGGUGAAGACCCCGGAAGGCUGCACAGAGCUCCAGCUUCCAGCAGAGGUCAGGCUCGUGCCUUCCUCCUGCCGCGGGCUGCAGUACGUCCCGGGAGAUGGACUGCACCUGCGGGUGCAGGUGCAGGCAGAACCCGACGACACCAAACUGAUUUCAGUGUUUAAUCAAAGCUCACAAGCCCAAGGAUGUUGCACAUUUUAUUGCCAGUCCUGCGGUGAAGUCGUAAUAAGGAACAGGAAGCUCCUCAGGGUGCUCCCAUUGCCGAGUGAGAACUGGGGAGCUCUAGUUGAAGAAUGGUGUUGUCAUCCUGACCCCUUUGCUGAUAAGCCACUUCAUCCACAAGAGAAUGACUGUUUUAUUGGAGACUCUUUCUUCUUGGUAAAUUUAAGAAGUGAUUUAUGGCAGCCAAGACCUGAACUAGCCCCAGUGGAAACACACUGUCCUUCUUCUGAGAACCAUUUUAAACUGAAACCAAAGGCAAAUACCAAAGUAAUUUGUAAGCGUUGCAAGGUAAUGUUGGGAGAGACCAUGUCAUCAGAAACCACCAAGUUUUAUAUAACAGAGAUAAUUAUUCAGCCGUCUGAAAGAAAUUUUUCCAUCAUACCAAGGUCUCAGUUUGUACAGAAUGUUAUCGCCCAGUGUCUGGUGGAACUCUCCUCUGCUAGAAGCACUUUUAGAUUCACUAUUCAAGGUCAUGAUGGCAAAGUGUACAUCUUGCUGUGGCUUUUAAACUCAGACAGCUUGGUGAUUGAAUCUUUGGGAAGUUCCAAGAGUAUCAAAAAAUUCCCCUUGUUGGAAGAUACCUUGAAGGCAGAUUCCAGUUCUGCCUGGAAUGCUGUCAAGGUCCUCUACCAGCCAUGCAUCAAAAACAGGAAUGAAAAGCUUUCCAGUGCUUGGGAAAGUGAUAUCAGCAUCCACUCUCUAACCCUGCCCUCUGCAACCUGCUUGGAGCUUCUGUUGAUAUUAUCAAGGAAUAAUGCCACGCUGCCGCCAUCCCUUCGCUCUGUGAAUUCCUUUCAGGAGAGAGCCCACAGAACCCACACUUCCAGAUGAUAAUAAUAAUAAGCACAAUGCAUGUAAUGCCUUGUCUGUCUCUUUGAAAUAAAUAAACAGUAGAGGCUCGGAAUUGAUUAGGUAAUAGUCUAAUAGUGGCAGAACCUGUACCUUUCUAACUCCAGAGUUUGUUCUCUUAACCUCCAUCUCUCCUGCGUCUGAGAGAAAUGGCAAAAACACCUGACAAAGACACUGUGAAUGCCACUUUCCCUUUCCUAGCUUUGCCCUAGAACAAAGAUUUUCAACCAUUAUUAGUAGCUUUGCUACUGUUAGCUUGCAGUCAAAUUGCCAAAUAGAUGUUUAACACAGAUGGUGUUACCCACUUCCAGCACCUUUUCCCUUUCUCCCAAGUCCCUCCCUCAUCACUUUGACACUCCUCUGGAUAUUUAUCUGUGCUCCUGGUAAAGGACGUGGUCAGAAUAGAAUAACAUAUGUGGUCUGAUCAACGGGAAGACCUCCCUGGUAGGCAGCUAAUUGUCACUGAGGUGGCAAAUGGGAAUUAAGAUGCUAACUAGUUGCUUAAGUUAUGACCCGUAGCUACUGAAUGUAACGUUGAACUUAUCUAUGACUCUUGACAAUGGAAAAAUACUCAUGAGCUCUCUGAGGCUGAUGAGAAGGUCACAUACAUUGCUGAGAAAUGAGUAAACAUGGGUUGGCUCUACUUCUGAAGGAUUGUGGCUGUAUCCUAAGAUAACUUCAGGAUCAGUGUAUAUUGCUUGAUAUACCUCUGUGGUAAAACAAGAUGGAUUUUCCUAUGAAUUAUAGCUCAGGAAAUUGUUUUAAAAAGUUGCUGCAAGGGAAUGCUUCCGAACUCAUUUUACAAUGCCAGCAUUACCCUGAUACCAAAACCAGACAAGAA